ACACAAAUUGCCGACUGAAGAACACACAAACAGUUCCAAUCACUAAUUUCAUUUCACAUUCUUCUUCAAAAAUUCAGAUCUCUUUGAUAUUCAUAAAGCCGCCAUUAAAGACUUAUUAUUCCAAGCUGGCGAGUUGCUGUUGCUUGUGUGCUUCAUCGCGUAUCUCCUCCCACUGCAACUAGCACACGCGAUAUGGCGAAAAAUCUCAUUUUUUUCAUGGGAUUUUUCAUUUUUUGCUUGACUGAAGUGUGGGCAAAACAUCAAUACAUGAGAUAUAAAGACCCAAAACAACCCUUAAAUGUUCGAAUAAGCGACCUACUUGGUAGGAUGACUUUAGAAGAAAAAAUAGGGCAAAUGGUGCAAAUCGACCGAACCGUUGCAUCGAAGAAGGUCAUGAAGAAGUAUUUAAUUGGGAGUGUACUAAGUGGUGGAGGCAGUGUUCCAUCAAAAGAGGCUUCUCCUAAAGUAUGGAUUGACAUGGUCAAUGAAUUUCAAAAAGGCUCUUUGUCAACUCGUCUUGGCAUUCCAAUGAUUUAUGGAAUUGAUGCAGUUCAUGGUCACAACAAUGUCUAUAAAGCCACAAUUUUUCCUCAUAAUGUGGGGCUUGGAGCUACUCGGGAUCCCAAUCUUGCUAAGAGGAUUGGAGCAGCUACUGCACUUGAAGUUCGAGCUACUGGCAUUUCUUAUGUCUUUGCACCCUGUAUUGCGGUUUGUAGAGAUCCACGUUGGGGUAGAUGUUUUGAAAGUUAUAGCGAAGACCCUAAAGUUGUUCAAGAGAUGACUGAGAUUAUAUCAGGUUUACAAGGAGAGAUUCCAUCAAACUCCCGCAAGGGUGUUCCCUAUGUUGCUGGAAGAGAAAAAGUGGCAGCUUGUGCAAAGCAUUAUGUGGGUGAUGGUGGAACAACCAAAGGUAUGAAUGAAAACAACACACUUGCAAGUAGACAUGGACUGCUUAGCAUUCAUAUGCCAGGUUACUAUAACUCAAUCAUCAAGGGUGUAUCAACUGUUAUGAUCUCAUACUCUAGUUGGAACGGAAAGAAGAUGCACGAAAAUCGAGAUCUUAUUACUGGCUUUCUUAAAAACACUCUUCGAUUUAGGGGUUUUGUCAUCUCAGAUUGGCAAGGUAUUGAUAGGAUUACCUCUCCACCUCAUGCUAAUUAUACAUAUUCCAUCAUAGCAGGCAUUACCGCUGGCAUCGACAUGAUAAUGGUUCCAUUCAAUUACACAGAAUUUAUUGAUGGGCUUACCUAUUUGGUAAAAACUAAUGUAAUCCCCAUUAGUCGAAUUGAUGAUGCUGUGAAGAGAAUUUUACGAGUGAAAUUCGUUAUGGGUUUAUUUGAGAACCCAUUAGCUGAUUCAAGCUUUGUCAAUGAACUUGGUAAAAAGGAGCAUAGAGAAUUGGCUAGAGAAGCUGUCAGGAAAUCACUAGUGUUGUUAAAGAAUGGAGAAUCUGCUGACAAACCUAUAUUACCUCUUCCAAAGAAAGUUCCAAAAAUACUUGUUGCUGGUAGCCAUGCAAACAACCUUGGUUUUCAAUGUGGUGGUUGGACCAUAGAGUGGCAAGGUCUCGGUGGCAACAAUCUCACCAGUGGUACAACAAUACUUUCAGCAAUCAAGGAUACAGUCGACCCCAAAACGAAAGUUGUAUUCAAAGAGAAUCCAGACAUGGAGUUCGUCAAGUCGAACAAAUUUUCUUACGCCAUCGUAGUAGUAGGAGAGUAUCCAUAUGCAGAAACGUUCGGUGACAGCUUAAAUUUAACCAUUCCUGAACCUGGUCCAAGCACCAUCACAAACGUGUGUGGAGCUGUCAAAUGUGUUGUUAUAGUUAUCUCCGGGCGACCUGUCGUCUUACAACCUUAUAUCAGUUCAAUAGAUGCACUCGUUGCUGCUUGGCUUCCAGGAACUGAAGGCAAAGGGAUUAGUGACGUUUUGUUUGGUGAUUAUGGUUUUAGUGGCAAGUUGUCAAGGACAUGGUUCAAGACAGUUGAUCAACUACCAAUGAAUGUUGGAGAUGCACAUUAUGAUCCUUUAUUUCCAUUUGGAUUUGGUCUCACUACCAAUCCUAUUAAAGCCAAUUAGGAAGUAGUUUUGCCUUCAUUAGUAUAUGUUGAGGUACGUAUAUGCAAAACUAGUCAAGAGAUUAUUAUGGCACAAGUUUAUUAUUAUUAUGCAUAUAAUUUGAUAAUAUAUCACAUUCUAGUUCAUUAA